AUGAUAAAAUUAUGUGUAUACGUAUGUUCCGGCUGAUGUAAAAUAUAUAAAAGUUUAAUGUAUUUGAUUCUCAUAAUUUGUAAUAUUUCUGUAAAAACCUUAUCAGCUUUUUCCAUAACAUAAAAAUCGAAGUAUAGAACAGAUAUUUGAAAAUCGAGAAAAACCGGAAAUCGGCGCUCUACGUAUGCAGAAAUGGAAAGAUGGUAUCCGGUAUAGAGAAGGUAAAGAGAAUAAUCCUUCCGGUCACCGUUACAUUAUGCUAUUCAAGUUCGUUUGUGAAGUAAAAUCAAAGAAGCGAAAGAGAGAAAAUGGGGAUAAAGAGGAAAAAAAAUCAAAAAAGGCAUCAGAAAAAGAAUCCAAUAAAAAUGAAGAUAACGUUUGGGAGUUGGGAAAUAAUCGUCAAGUUAGUGUAAGAGAUUUCAAAGGAAAAUUGUAUGUUGACAUUAGAGAAAUGUACAUGGAUAAAGAAUUAAAUUUGAAACCUGGAAAGAAAGGUAUUUGCUUGAGCAUACCACAAUGGCGAAAAUUAUUAUCUGUUGUGGAUGAUGUGGAUAAAGCAGUAAAGUCCAAGUGCUGAAUAAUAUCUACUUUCUUGUGUAUCUAGUAAAUAUUUUACAGUUUUUCAGUUAUUAAAUACCUAAUCUUUUAUUAUUUGUAAAAAAACUACACAUAUCCUUAAUAUAUAUAUUCUUUAAUUACAAGUAUGUUAAAUUACAUCUAUGAAAUAAUAUAAUUCAAAGUCAGUUUAUGUUAUAUUUAUGAGAUAUCAUUUUCAAUAAAAGAUUCCAUCUCAUACAUGUGCCAAAAUUUAAAAAUUUGAUACUAUUUUUAUUUUGUUCAUUUGUAAAAU